CAGACAGGCAGACAUACACACGCACGCACACGCACGCACAAACACACACACACACACACACACACACACAGACACAGAGACAGACAGACAGACAGUGGUUGCGAGAAGCAAGCCAAGCAAGCCAAGCAAGCAUGGACGAUGUGAUAGCUGGCACCGUCGGGGGGAUUGCGCUCACCCUUGUUGGCCACCCCUUUGACACAGUCAAGGUUCGUCUGCAGACGCAGCCAAAGACCAACCCAGUGUACAGCUCAACAUUGGACUGCGUUCACAAAACAUGGGCACAGGAAGGCAUCAGUGGCUUUUACAAAGGCGUGACAUCGCCGCUGGCGGGCCAGAUGUUCUUCCGAGCCACGCUAUUCUUCUCCUUUGGGCAGAGCACGCGGCUGCUGCAGUGGCUGCGGGAAGAGAAUGGCCAACGGCUCCCAGCGCUGCACUACUUUGCCGCCGGCGCAAUGACUGGCGCUGCCGCAGCCAUGGUGGAGAGCCCCAUCGAUCUCUUCAAGUCCCAAGUGCAAACAGACAUCCACCGAAAGACUGCUAUGCGGCGGUCUGUGCUGGACGUGGCGCGGGAGUGUGUUCGCACCAACGGCGUUAUCCGCGGCCCGUACCAGGCCCUGCACGCCACGCUGCUCCGCAACAUCCCCGCCAAUGCCGUCUACUUUGGUUGCUUUGAGUAUGGGCGCACGCUCGGCGCCCGCCACCUCAACUACAAGGUGGACGAUCUCCCCGUGCUGUUCAACUUUGCGUGCGGCGGCAUCGCUGGUCUCAUGUAUUGGGUCACGACAUAUCCAACGGACGUGCUCAAGUCCGUCCUCAUGUCAGACGCCAUCGACCCGGCGCAGCGCAGGCACCCGACCUACGCCGCCGCUGCACGCUACAUCCACAGCUCGUUUGGCGUUGCGGGUUUCUAUCGCGGGUUUGCGACGUGCUGUGCACGUGCUGUCAUUGCAAACGGCGUCAUCUGGGCAACGGUGAUCAAGGUCAAGUCCAUCCUCGCCUCCACCGCACCCUUGCACUGAUGACGACAACAACGACCACGACGAAUGGUGGUGGUGGAUAGUGAUAGUGAACAGCUAAAGGAACAUUUUAUCGCACAGUUCUGUUGUUACAUUACUUCCCAACGUCUACUUCUUGAGAGUAAACGUUUUUGUUUUUCGAGUAUCUGAUAGGCUCAACCCCUCUUUUAUAUUGUGUGUAUGUAUGUGUGUGUGUGUGUGUGUG